GAGGCGAAUGGAAACCCUAAUCGCCACCUCGAGUCCAGAAUCGUCCGGGGAGAAAUGGCUUCGUCCUCUGCUCUGGGUAAGCGCGGCGGCGGCGGCGGCGAGUCGGGCGGCAUGCUGGCGGCGAUCUCGCGCUCGGCGGUGGUGAGGCGGGGCUCGGCGGUGGUGAGUCAGGGCGCGGCGGUGGCGAAUAAGCUGAUGCGGAGCACGGGGAAGGCGGUGUGGAUCACGAUGACGACCUUCCUGGUGCUGGGGGUGCCGCUCAUCAUCGAGAUGGACCGCGAGCAGCAGCUCACCGACAUGGAGCUCCACCAGCAGGCGCUCCUCGGCGGCAAAUAAAUAAAGCAGCGGCUUUGAUCUCCAUAAGAAAGCUAGCAAGCUUCUUGUUUAUCGUCAUAAGGUUUUCGAGCGAGGGAGGAUUUCUUAUGUUUGGUAUCUCGUUGAGGAGAAGAGAAGACUAUUAUUUGCUAUGUUAUGCUGUAGUACUAAAUUGAAUCAAUCAGUCAGUCUGUUCCAUGUGAUCCAUUCUUUUGUUUCUUGAGAAUUUUACUCUGCUUGACAUGAUAUAGUCACAAGUA